AGGCGGAGGGAACAGUUUUCUCGUUUAUCGGAAAGCGUAAGGAUAGUUGAUCAUGCCUGAACCAGCCAAGUCCGCUCCAGCCGCGAAGAAAGGCUCCAAGAAAGCGGUGACCAAGACCCAGAAGAAAGAUGGGAAGAAGCGCAGGAAGACAAGGAAGGAGAGUUACGCCAUUUACGUGUACAAGGUGCUGAAGCAGGUGCACCCCGAUACCGGCAUCUCCUCCAAGGCCAUGAGCAUCAUGAACUCCUUUGUCAACGAUGUGUUUGAGCGCAUCGCAGGGGAAGCCUCCCGCCUGGCUCAUUACAACAAGCGCUCCACCAUCACCUCCCGGGAGAUCCAGACCGCGGUCCGCCUGCUGUUGCCUGGGGAGCUGGCCAAGCACGCCGUGUCCGAGGGCACCAAGGCUGUCACCAAGUACACCAGCGCCAAGUAACUGCUGCCCCAUCUCCUGCCCUACUCCCGGCAACACAAAGGCUCUUCUAAGAGCCCCCACUCCCUCCCUAUAAGAUCUGUAACGGGCUUUGUGUAAUAGAAUAAACUACUUUGCGCUGUC